AUGUCAGCUCAACACAAACCCCUUUAUUCACAAGGUCUCAACUUUGGCAGCUACAUCAGUGACGGUGUAGAUGCUCGGACUGGUCAAUUCACCUGCUCCAUCGCUCUCUUCAAGGCGCCCGCUGAGGCACGGAACUGCCCCCCUCUCAACCUCACUCUCAGCUACAACCCGCUCAGCCUGUAUAAUGUCGGGUUUGGUCUUGGAUGGUCUCUGAACCUGUCGUCGUACAAACAUCGCUUGCAGUCGCCGAUGUUGUAUCUCUCCACUGGCGAGCACUUUCAGGUGGAUUCUCUCGGCACGCUCACCAUCAAGGACAAAAGGCUAGACAGCUUCACAUUCAGCGGGGGAAGCGGAGGCACAACCCACCAGAUCAUCUACAAGAGCGGGCUCAUCGAGAGACUUUCCAACUUUCACAACACCUAUAGCGUGUCUGUUCCUGUCGAGAUACAAGCUUCCACUGGCCAGGCUUUGAGGUUGAGCUGGACACAAGACGGCGAUGGUACGCCGCUGCUUACGGCAAUCAGCCAUGGUUCCGAAUCGUUGCUCGAGAUAAAAUAUCGAAGCAACCAAGUGCUGGUAACUCGUGCUCCAGGUACAAAAAGUGCUUGUGUUACGACACUUACGUUGCACGACGGUCUCCUGACCGAAAUGCAGCUGCCACAGGAGGAGGCGCGGCUACAGCCAUGGGAGUUUUUCUACACCGAGUACCUAGUCAAGUCCACGAGUCUGCAACGACUGACGCGCGUGAAAGAUCCUGCAAAGCUCGUGAGCGCGGUAGAGUACGAGCCGCGGGGGCACUUGUUGCCGACAGGUGGUCCUAUGGAGGCUAUCCCGCGCGUUCUUGUACACACAAAGAAGCCGGGGCAUGGCCAGCCUGCACUUGUUACCCAUUACACCUACUCACCAGAGAACUUCUUUGGCUUUGGAGAUGUGCAGAGCUGGCAGGACGGCGUGGAUAACUUGUACCGCGCCUCCUCCCACUACAAGUACACGGCAACCAUGUCCGUCGAUGACGGGCCGAAGACGACGUAUACUUACAACAAAUUCCACCUUUUGGUUGAGACAAAGCGCGAACAAGGAUUGACCGUUGUCAACUAUGCCGUUGACUACAAGGUAGAUACGGCCGCUGUGUUUGAGCGGCAAAGGAAGAGUUUCCAACUCCCAACAAGGAUCACCACGACGUACGAGGACCAUGGGGGAAGCAACGCACGGUCGCGCAUCGAGACGACAGAGCACGAGUACGAUGACUGGGGAAAUCCCAUAUCCGAGACAGACAAGACCGGCGUCUGCACCAAGCGAGAAUAUUAUCCUCCACAGGGUGCUGGAAAAGCCGGCGAGGAACUGUUUUGCCCCGCAGAUCCUGGUGGAUUCUGUCGAUACGUUAAAAAGGAAACAGUGUAUCCAUCCAAACAUAGUGGCUUGGUUCCAGCACCAACGCACACGCGCCAGUACAACUAUUUACAGCUGCCCAUGGUCACUGGACACGGGAGCUUUGUUGCGGCUCGAGAGAUGCAGCUCAAGGAUACCGCAAAGAACAAGACGUUGCUAUCCAAAACCUACGAUUAUUAUCAGGAUGCAAAACUAGGGUACCGGGACCAUGGAAGGCUGAAAAGUGAAGCGACUGCCAUUGCAGGACAUGAACCGACAACGGAUGCCUUCACCUACAGCUACAGCCCCUGCAAUGGCAUGGUCACAAAGUUUACAAAUACUAAAACUUGGGAUGGUCAAUUUACCACGGCACAGAAUGUCACAUAUAGCCUUUUAUCGGGGCGGGUGCUCUCGCGAACAAACGCCCAAGGCGUGAGUGAUGUGUUCGAGUACGAUGGAAUGGAUCGCCUAGUGAAAGCCACGGCGGCCUCAGAAACUCCGCACAAGGCAACACGGCAGGCAGAGUACCAGAUUUCGAAGGAAAAGGCAGGCUCGAUAGUACUGAUCACGGACUCGAAGGGCAUGAGAACGAAGCAGACAACGGAUGCCUUGGGGAGACUUUGCCGUGUCGAGGCGCAAGGCGACAUUGGCGGACCGUUGCGGCUUAUCGAGGAAAGAAGCUAUAACAAAAUUGGGCAGUGCGUUGAAAUCGUCAAAUAUGACUGGAUCGGCGACAUAGGUGGCCAAGCAGCAGCACAAAGCCAUCAAAGCAAGACAAGAAUGGAGUAUGACGACUGGGGUCAAGUCUGCAGGACUGUCAAGAGCAGCGCCGGGUCCAAUUUGUCCGCUUUCUUGUCCAUCAAAGAUCCUAUCUAUCUCACCCAAGUGGAAGGAAUCGAGGGUCAAGGACGGACGAGAAGUUCGUCUGACCUCUUCGGAAAUGUCACUUGCGUGGAGUUGCUGCGCAAGGAAGGUACCGGGAAACACCAACCUUACAGCACUACAAACUACAAGCAUGACGGUUUGGGUCGUCUAGUCCAGAAGACUGACCAGUUUGGUCACUCAAAUCAUUAUGAACUCGACGACUACGGCCGUGUGGCACAGACCACUGGCCCGGACGGCAGCAUCAUCAAGACCGUGUACGAAGGGCACUCCAGCAGUUCAUUGCCAAUUGCCGUCGAGGUUGGUCACUCAGCAACCCAAAAGACCAAGAAUCAGGUUAUGGGCCAGCGAUCGCUGGAUGGGUUGAGUCGUGUGGUGAAACAGACCGUCGGAGGACGCGUAGAGAGCCAGAUAUACAAUGGAAUUGCGCCAGGCCCGAGCACAGUCGUUGCACCGACAGGAGAAAGUAAAACGGCCGUUUACAACGUCGCGCUGGCAAACAGCCUUACCAAACUGCAAAGUCCCGACGAGGUUGCCACGUUUGACUAUGAUGAGCAAUCUGGUUUUCUGCUCAACACCAGCAAUUCCGACAUUUCUGCCGAGUGCAAGUACCUGGCAUCUGGGCUGCCCAAGUCGGAAAGGAUCAAGGUCAGAGGGCUCCAGCGGGAGCUAUACACCGCCAGGACCUAUUCGAUGGCUGGCAAAUUGGCAGCAUACACCAAUGUACAUGGGAAAGUGGAGGAUCGCGUCUAUGAUGGGUUCGGAAGGCUUACGGGCGUGAAACACGGUAGCGUCACGGUUACGUUGCAGUAUGAUGCAAGCAAUGGGCUGGCCUCCAGCCGCGUCGUUGACGAAUUGACCAAGAAAAGCGUCGGUAUUAAAAGGGAACGCGAUGAGUUUGGCCGUGAGAUUAAGCGCACGAUCAGUCAUGGGAGCUCAGAAAAGACAAGCGUCAGUUGGGUGAUGAGCCAAUCGUUCAAUGAGCUGGGGCUAAUGACUGAGCGCGCGAUCAAGACUGGGGGAGGUUCAGUGUUGCGCAAGGAAUCCUUCGCGUACGAUGAACGCGGGAGACUCGUCAGCUACAAAUGCACCGGCUCCCGGCCACCAGCGGACGAAAAGGGAAAGCCGAUCAAAGCGCAGCAGUUCGUCUUCGAUACCUAUGACAACAUACAACAGAUGACGACCAUCUCCCAAGACAAUUCUCAGAACGUCCGAAGCUACGCCUUUGGCAAAGAUGACCCAACGCAACUGGUUGGCAUCACCAACACAGAUUCCCGCUUCCCAGCCAAGAUCGACCUGGUGUAUGACAAGAAUGGGCGCUUGACACGGGACGAAGAGGGCAGGAGACUUGCAUACAACAGCCGGAACGCCUUGGUGGCAGUGACGGAUGCGACAGGAAAGUUUAUACUCAGCAAGUAUCGGUACGACGCCUCGGGCAGAUUGAUCUGUCAGGAGGCUGGCGGGAAGAGCACUUACUUUUUCUACCGCUCCAACGAGCUCAUCGCCAUGAUCAGAGACGGCUUGAAGAUCAGCUUUCUCUCUAAUGCGGGGGAGUAUUUCGCACAGAUCUCUGAGGGAGACGGUGCCAAUAGCACAUCCGCUGUCCAGCUCUGGGCCACCGACGGGCACUUGUCUGUUCUGGGGUCUGUCGAAACUGCCCUGCCGACCGAGGACGUGCAGUAUCAGCAUUACAGCCCGUAUGGAUCUGGCCGUGGCGAGGCCAUCAUCGGCUACAAUGGCCAGUAUCGCGACCCCGUCAGCGGCUGGUACCACCUCGGCCACGGGUACCGGGUAUACAACCCUGUCCUGAUGCGCUUCCACACGCCCGAGCCGCUGAGCCCCUUCACCACUGGCGAGAUCAACGCCUACGCCUACUGCCUGGGCGACCCCAUCAACCGGACGGACCCCACGGGCCACAUGAGCGGCCGGAACUGGGCAAUGCUCGGGGUCGGUCUCGUGGUUGGCAUCCUGGUCGGCAUCGCCACAGCCGGCCUCAUCAUCGCCCCGACCGGCGCCAGCAUCGCGGUCGAGGUGGGCGCCUUUAUCGCCUCCGGAACCGCCUCCGACGUGCUCACGGGCGCCGUGUACGACGUGGCCAACGGCAAACAGCCAACGCUCGAGAGCAUCGGAGAGGACGCUGCCAUGGGCGCCAUCGGCGGUGCUGUUGCCGGUGCCGCGGGCGUCGCCCUCCGAGCCGUCGUUGGGCUGGGAGUAGUCCAGCGCGCGCUCCGUCCGAUUACAAGCCGCUGGCAGACUUUGCAAGUUGGCUUGCGACUGGCCAAGACGGAGAGAGCCGAGCGCGUGUUUGAACGUCAAGCCAUGGGCGGGCAGACGGUGGCCAAAAGUCGGCCCGGUGGCGCCGAGUUCAGGUUUGCUGCCUGGAUACGGAGCCUCGGUCGUGGGGAGAGGGGCUACUAUAGCUUUGAGGAUAACUGGCCGCCCUUCCACGACAACAGACCAUUGCUUCGAAGCGCAAGCCAAGUAUCGAGAGAUUCAGAACUGAAGAUGGAUUAUACGUACUUGAACCUGUACGACAAUUGGCUUUACCAUGAACCUUGGUAG